AUGUCUAUCAACGCAGGCAGUGACGAGCGGGCGGCCCUCCUCCCGCCGACGUCGCACACGUCGCGGACGCUCUUUGGCACCAUUGGCACGCCCUAUGGAGGCGGUGGCAUGGUGGAGAGGUCACGUGCAGCGCUGUUUGAGUCCAUUUCGCAGCCUUCGGAAGGCAAGUCACGGAGAACGGGUUCGACGAGUACCGGAGCAGGUGGUGCCAGCCAUGGCCUCCCGCCCAUGCCUGGUGCCGACGUGCUGUAUCGGACCGUCGACCUCUCUGCUUCUGUCUCGGGAAGGGACUGGCUCGUCCCGGCUCGCCCGCGCCUCGACUCGAACCUCGUCCGCCUCGUCUCCACCAUUGACGGUGGUGGAGAUGACGAUGGCAUCGAGCUCGGCUUGCAUGAAAUGGCUUGGCCCGACCUCGCUGCUGCCCUCAAGGUCGACAUUGAUGCCAAUGAGCCUGGUGCUUGCCAGGGCCUUGCCGAGUUUCGUGCCAGUGAUCGCCUCGAGCGUGACGGGCUCAACCUCAUGACUCCGCCGGCCAAGACCCCCGAGUGGCUCAAGUACAUCCACUGCUACCUCAACUACUUUAUGGGCCUCCUCUUUCUCGCCGGUGUCAUCUCGCUCGUCCUCUACGCUGUCGAGCCCAAGGAGAAGGUCAACCUCUGGCUCGGCAUCGUCCUCCUCGCCAUCAUCGUCUUUACCGCCACCAUGGACUACUUUCAGAACAGGGCUGCGUCGAACAUCAUGGCCCAGAUUGCCGGCCUUGUCUCCACCGAGGUUGUUGUCCGUCGUGACGGCUCCGAGCGCGCCAUCGAUCCCAAGAACCUGGUCAUUGGCGACGUCAUCCUCCUCCGUGCAGGCGACCGCGUCCCGGCCGACGUCCGUCUCCUCUGGGUCAACGGCAUGAAGGUCGACAAUGCGUCGCUGACCGGCGAGGCCGAGCCGCAGCUCCGCAAGAUCGAGUCGACCUCGGAUGAGAUGCUCGAGACCGCCAACGUGGCCUUCUCCGGCACCCUCGUCACCGCCGGCGACGGCGUGGGCGUGGUCAUUGCCGUCGGCGAUGCGUGCAUGAUCGGCCAGAUCGCCUCGCUCGCCGGCGCCGACAAGGGCAUCAAGACCCCGCUCGAGAUCGAGAUCGAGCGCUUUGUCCGCCUCAUCGGCGUCAUCUCCAUCUCGCUCGCCAUUGUCCUCAUCAUCCUCGGCGUCUUUGUCGCCAAGGACGACAUUGGCGAGGCCGGCUACAACGCCGUCGGCAUCCUCGUCUCCAACGUCCCGCAGGGCCUCCCGGCCACCGUCGCCAUCUCGCUCUUCCUCGCCGCCAAGCGCCUCCGCGCCGCCAACGUCGUCGUCAAGACCAUGCAGCAGGUCGAGACCCUCGGCUCGGUCUCGGUCAUCUGCUCGGACAAGACCGGGACCCUGACCCAGAACGUCAUGACCGCGGCGUCCGCGUGGAUGCCUGGCGCGCCGGCGAGCGGCGACGACCCGGCCGAUCCAGACUCGGCCAUCAUGACCCUCCGUGAGGCUACCUCGUCGCAGGUCCCGCCGCGCGCCAUGAGCGUCAUGACCGAGAAUCCGGUCGGCCGCGCCCUGCUCGCCGCCGCCGCCCUCUGCUCGCGCUCGCGGUUCGAGGCCAGCGCCGACGGCGCAAGCCCGGACCUCUCGACCACCACCGCCAUCGAGGCCGCGCCCACCCUCGGCGACGCCACCGAGUCGGGCUUCCUCCGCUUUGUGGCCAAGGUGACCGAGGGCGGCUUUGCCGCCAUGCGUGCCGCCGCGCCCAAGGUCUUUGAGAUUCCCUUCAACUCGGCGAACAAGUUCCAGCUCUCCAUCCACGACGGCAUGGCGCCGUACCGCGACGACGGCGUCGACCGGGUCCUGCUCAUCAAGGGCGCACCCGAGGUCAUUCUCGCCAAGUGCGCCCAGUUCUGCGCCCCUGGCGCCGUCGCCACCCCCAUCGACGACGCCUUCCACGCUAACUUUAGCGCCAACUACGACGCGCUCGGCCGCCGAGGCGAGCGCGUCCUCGCCUUUGCCGAGCUCCCACUCGGGCCCGACUCGGGCCUCGCCGACGUCGAUGGCAACCACUUUGACCUCGACGACGGGACCGUCCCGCUCGACGGCUUCACCUUCCUCGGCCUCCUCUCGCUCAUCGACCCGCCCAAAGUCACCGUCCCGGCCGCCAUCGACCUCUGCCGCCAGGGCGGCAUCCGCGUCGUCAUGAUGACCGGCGACCACGUGGUGACCGCCGAGGCCAUCGGCAGGCAGAUCGGCAUCAUCACCGGGAAGACCAUCGACGACGUGGCGCGCGAGCGCGGCGUGCCUACCUCGGCCGUCGAGAACCACGAGUACGAUGCCGUCGUCGUUCACGGCUCCCGCAUCGAGUCGCUCACCGAGGAAGACUGGGACGCCAUUCUGGAGAAGCGGCAGAUCGUGUUUGGCCGCCUCUCGCCGCUCCACAAGGUCGAGAUUGUGCGCAACUGCCAGCGCCGCGGCGAGAUCUGCGCCGUGACCGGCGACGGCGUCAACGACGCGCCCUCGCUCAAGAUCGCCAACGUCGGCGUGGCCAUGGGCAUCUCCGGCUCGGAGGUCUCCAAGGACGCAGCCGACAUUGUGCUCCUCGACGACGACUUUUCCUCCAUCGUCCUUGGCGUCCGCGUCGGGCGCGUCAUCCUCGCCAACCUCCGCAAGUCGUCGACGUACAUUGUGACCCACCUCUCGUCCGAGCUCGUUCCCGUCCUCAUCAACAUCCUCUUUGGCAUCCCGCUCGGCCUCCAGUCGCUGCAGAUGAUCCUCAUCGACCUCGGAACCGAGAUCGUGCCCGGCGUGGCGCUCUCGUUCGAGACCGCCGAGGCCGACACGGACCGCAUGAUGGGCGCAAAGUCGCUCGCCUUUGCCUACGUCCAGGCCGGCACUCUCCAGUCGCUCGGCUCGCUCUUUGCCUACUUUUACGUCAUGUGGGACUACGCCGGCCUCACGCCGUCCGACCUGUGGGAGGCCAACAACUCGGCGGCCAUCACCGACGACAUCCUGUACAUGGCUCAGGCCGCGUACUUUGUCGCCGUCGUUGUCCAGCAGUGCUUCAACCUCAUCUCCAUGCGCACUCGCUCCGUCUCGGUCUUCUCACACCCGCCCUUCUCCAACCAUGUCAUCUUCUACGGCUGGAUCUACUCGCUUGCCCUCGCCGCGGCCUUCCUCUACAUCCCGGGCCUCAACAGCAGCCUCUUCUUCAACCCCUUCCCCGCCGACAAGACCUACUACUGGUUCCUCGGCCUCCCGGGUGGCGCUGCCAUCUUUGUCUACGCAGAGCUCUGCAAGCUCGCCAACCGCCGCGGCUGGUCCCUUGGCCGCUACAUCGGCUUCUAA